AUGGACUUGCCAGACGAGCUCUUGCUCAUCAUCUUGAGCCAUCUCCCGCUCACCUCCCUGAUCGCCUCGCGAGGAGUGUGCAAGCUCUGGCGGACUCUCGUCCCAGGUUCGCAAAUCCCUACCUACCGCCGUGGUCUGCUGGAGCUGUACCUCCGCGCCAUCGACUCGCCAGCCUUCCUCGCGACCCGGAAGGAAAUCCUGGGUCGGACACACGCCUUCAACCGCGCCGCCUACAUCGACAGUCUUCCGCAGGGCAUCCCUGACGACUUCCGGUGCUGGCUCCACGAGUGGCCGGAGCGCGCCGUCAUCGGCCUCCUCUGGCCGGGCGUACGCGACGGGCGGCACGCGCACUCGAAGCCAGACCUGUUCUACGACACGGGCCAUGCCAUACUCUCCAUGACCAUCUUCAACCGCAUCGCAUUCCAGUCACCACUCCCGGGCAUGAUGCAGGCGUUCAUGUACUUCAAGGAUGUCGAAGGCGAGUCCGGUGCCGCGCUGCUUCUCGACGACGCGUUCGUGGAGGGUCAGCAGCGCAGUCGCGUGCUGCUCCUGAGCGGGACGUGCGAGGGUGCCGAAAUGAAGGGGCGCGUGUACAACGUCGACGGCGUGAAGUGCCCUAUGGAAUCCCCGGUUGCGACGAGCUGGACGCAGUAUUUGCAGCAGGAGCUCUCACGCGAGGAUCUGUGGCUGAAGAACCAAUGA